CUCUAUGGCUUUUGCAUACAGACCGGAGUUACACAUAUGUUCGUACGACUGUUAAAAGUGACGCAUGAUGGCUAAAAAGACUUUGGAAAGUUAUCAGGGCUCAUUAGAUGUUGUUUGAAGGAACCGUUACGGCAUGAAAUGUGGUUUGAUCGACAAUAUUGACCCAUAUGCCUUGGAGAAACACAAAUGGAGCACGAAUUUUAAACUGUGGGCGUCGGUAACCUAUCCAGACGUCAUCAACUAUGGCCUCUUCUCGACAAGCGCUUAUACCAUGGAGCAACUCAAGAAUUGCAAAGGUCUGGAGGCCUACAACCGAUUCAUCAAUGGCUGGGUUUGUGAUGGGGCGGUAUCCAUUGAAGUGAUGUGAUCGUCAUGUGAAAAUGUGUGCAAGAAUGAAAGGAGAGUACAAGGAAGAAGUUUGUGGACCAAAAAAGAAAGAGGAGCCACAACGUCAACUACUAGACACUCUGUUCAAUCUGCAACCUCGAAUUGUCCUACGCAGAGCAAAUAUCAGUGAAAAUCUUCAUCCAGAGUGGCAACAGUCAGUGUGCCGUCACAUCAAAGAGGAAGAGGAGGCUAAAGAAAUUCAAAUCAUUAAACACGAGGAGGAAGAAAUCCUACACUUGAAAGAGGAAAAGAAGGAGGAACUCAUCCAGCUUCCAUCCACUGGUGUUCAUUUCAAGCAAGAAGAUGGAGGCCAACGUGAAGAGAGACAAGGGGCGGAGCAUCCAACCAGGAACAGCUCAAGUGAUGGAGACCAUUGUGAAGAAUCACAAACAGAUGAUGAUGAUGAUGAUCAACAAUCGGAAGGUGAUAUGACAUGUCACACUUCCAACAAAUGCUGGAAAUGUUCUCAGUGUAGGAAAGGUUUUGCUUCUAUGAGCAGUUUGAAACGACAUGUGAAAAUACACACAGGUGAGAAGCCUUUUGCAUGUUCAGUUUGUGGUCAAACAUUCACUCGGAAGGGAGGUUUAAAAAGACACACAAGAACACACACUGGUGAGAAGCCUUUUGCAUGCUCAGUUUGUGGUCAAAGUUUCACGCGAAAGGAACACUUAAAAAUACACACAAGAACCCACACUGGUGAGAAGCCUUUUUCCUGUACAGUUUGUGGUCAAAGAUUCUUUGAAAAAGGAACUUUAAAAAAACACGUAAGGGCACACACUGGUGAGAAACCUUUUUCCUGCUUAGUUUGUGGUCAAAGAUUCUCUGUGAGUGAAAGUUUAAAAAGACACACGAGAACACACACUGGUGAGAAACCUUUUUCAUGUCCAGUUUGUGAUAAAAGAUUCACUCAGAACGGAACCUUAAAAAUACACACCAGAACACACACUGGUGAGAAACCUUUUUCAUGUCCAGUUUGUGAUAAAAGAUUCACUGAGAAUGGAAAAUUAAAAAUACACACCAGAACACACGCACACAAGAAUCCACACUGAGAAACCUUUUUCCUUCACAGUUUGUGGUCAAAGGUUUACUUGGAGGGACACACAUUGGAGCCUGCGUAGUUUGAGGUCAAAGAUUCUUGCAGAAGGCUCACUUAAAAAUUCACACAGGAACCCAGAAUGGGGAAAAAAAGGCUUUUGCCUGCUCAACUUGUGGUUAAAGAUUCUCUGGAAAAAGGAGCUUUAAAAAAAACACAUAAAGACCCACACUGGUGAGACUUUUUCCUGCUCAGUUUGUUGUCAAAGAUUCUCUUCUAGGCCAACACGGUGGCUCAGCUAUAAAGCGUUUGCCUCACAGUUCUGAGGACCAGGGUUCACAUCCUGGCCCUGCCUUUUUGGAAUUUGUAUGUUCUUCCCAUGCCUGUGUGUGUUUUUUUUUUUUUUUUUUUCCAGGCACUCUGGUUUCCUCCCACAUCCCCAAAACAUGCAGCAUUAAUUGGACACUCUUCUCCUUUUCCUUUCGGCUUGUCCCGUUAGGGGUCGCCACAGCGUGUCAUCUUUUGCCAUUUUAGCCUAUCUUCUGCAUCUUCCUCUCUAACCCCAACUGCCCUCAUGUCUUCCCUCACCACAUCCAUGAACCUUCUCUUUCGUCUUCCUCUUUUGUCUGGCAGCUCUAUCCUCAGCACCCUUCCACCAAUGUACUCACUCUCUCGCCUCUGAACAUGUCGAAACCAUCGAAGUCUGCUCUCUCGAACCUUGUCAGCAAAACAUCCAACUUUGACUGUCCCUCUAAUGAGCUAAUUUCUAAUCCUAUCCAACCUGCUCACUCCGAGCGAGAACCUCAACAUCUUCAUUUCUGCCACCUCCAGUUCUGCUUCCUGUUUCUUCAGUGCCACCCUCUCUAAUCCGUACAUCAUGGCUGGCCUCAACACUGUUUUGUAAACUUUGCCCUUCAUCCUAGCAGAGACUCUUCUGUCACAUAACACACCAGACACCUUUCGCCAGCUGUUCCAACCUGCUUGGACCAGUUUCUUCACUUCCUUACAACACUCACCAUUGCUCUGGAUUGUUGAGCCUAAAUAUUUGAAGUCGUCCAUCCUCCCUAUCUCUUCUCCCUGUAGCCUCACUCUUCCGCCUCCACUUUUCUCAUUCACGCACAUAUAUUCUGUUUUACUUCAGCUAAUCUUCAUUCCUCUCCUUUCCAGUGCAUGUCUCCAUCUUUCUAAUUGUUCCUCUGCAUGCUCCCUGCUUUCACUGCACAUCACAAUAUCGUCUGCGAACAUCAUGGUCCAAGGGGAUUCCAGUCUAACCUCAUCUGUCAGCCUAUCCAUUACCACUGCAAACAGGAAGGGGCUCAGAGCGAAUCCCUGAUGCUGUCCCACCUCCACCUUAAAUUCCUCUGUCACACCUAAGGCACACCUCACCAUUGUUCUGCUGCCAUCAUACAUGUCCUGUACUAUUUUAACAUACUUCUCUGCCACACCAGACUUACGCAUGCAGUACCACAGUUCCUCUCUUGGUACUCUGUCAUAGGCUUUCUCUAGAUCCACAAAGACACAAUGUAGCUCCUUCUGACCUUCUCUGUACUUUUCCACUAGCAUCCUCAAGGCAAAUAAUGCAUCUGUGGUACUCUUUCUAGGGAUAAAACCAUACUGUUGCUCGCAGAUACUUACUUCUGUCCUGAGUCUAGCCUCCACUACUCUUUCCCAUAACUUCAUUGUGUGGCUCAUCAACUUUAUUCCUCUAUAGUUCACACAGCUCUGAAUUAAUUGGACACUCUAAAUUGCCCCAAAGUGUGAUUGUGAGUGCUGCUGUUUGUCUCAAUGUGCCCUGCGAUUGGCUGGCACUCCACACAGGUGGGGCUGGGAUUUUAAUCCCAGUCCUAAGAAGAAAAAGUAUUAAACUGCCUUAAGUAGAAAUGUCUGCAGAUAUUUUUUGGGGACAUGAAGCCAGUAUUACUUUGGUGAGGUUUGUAAUGAAGUGAUACUUGUUGUCAUUUUUAUGACAUCCUUAAUCCAUCCCAAUCCAUAUUUUUUUUGUUCCACCUGAUUUCUAUGAUGUAUAAAAUGAAUGUGAAUAUGUAAAAACUGAUUACUAUUUACUUCAUUGUACAGCACAUUCCUUUUCCCUCUUCAGCUGUACCAGUGCUUUUAAUGUUGGAUUUUGUUGCUGAAAAAGGAGUGUACAAAAGGGAAUUCUUGAUUUACCAAUUGCUACUAAAUGUAUUAUUUUCUAGUGCAUGCAUGCAUUUUGUCCCAUGUGUUAGUGGUGUCAUUAUCAAAUAAGAGAAUAAUUAAUUGAAAUGGAGUGGAAAAAAACUUUGACUUUGGGUGGUAAAGUGUAUCUGAUCCUGAAUAAAAUACACCAACCAGUGAGAUGACUACAUUUGCUUGCACAUCAAAUCCAUUUUACCCAUUAAAAAGAAUUCAAAUGUCUUUAAUCCAAUGCACUUUCAAGCAAAACAUUGGCCCAAGCACAAAUUCCUAAAUAUGAUCAAAUCUACAUAUGGGCACAGUAGAGAAUCACAAGUAGAUGACCUCUUAGCUCCACGAUCAGAUAGUGACGACAUGAUGUCACACUCUCCUCACUCUAAUGAAGAUUAUAAAAAGUGUGAAGGUCCAUUUGAAAUGUAGUGCUCCUCUGAAGAAGGAGCAAAGUCAUGAGAAUGGACCUUUCCGGCCUGUCAAUCACUCGUCCAAUAAUAGCCAAUCAGAUAGUCGCACUGUCUUAACCCCUGGCUUGACACGUAGGUGGUAAGGUUUCACUUCCUAUUGUUUGAAAUUGAAUAAGAGGCUGUGAAAUGUGAUGUUAUGGCCAGAAAGUAAAGAGAAUAAAAGCGCAUAAGUACAAAGAGAAACAGUGAAAUAACCAAUACAUUAAGUGUUGUAAUUAUCACAAAGAGAAGGCAGAUUCGCUCUUCGAGUGAGUUUUAGAAUCAAUAAGUCCUGAUUUAUAUUAAGAGGCGGUAUCGUUCUGAGAUACCACAAUUUCCUUGAACCAACAACUAAUGUGUGUGGAGUAAACUGUCAGGUACAGAGAGAGAAACGAGAAAGUCACCUGUUAGGGACAGAGACAAAUCACACCGGAUACAUUAUACUGCAAAUAGAGGUGGUUUCGUUCUAUUAGAGAAGAAAGUAAUUCCUAAUUUUGCCGUGUAAGAGGCGACGUCGUUCUUUAGAAGAAUCUUAGAUGUUUUAAAAUUCCUCACAUUACGGUGUAAAGUAGUUUAGAAAAACGUGCAAGCUCGAGUACCAUUGUUUUGUAAAAAGAGAUUUGGAUCCAUUAUACAAUAAUAUAAAUAAGAUAUAUAAAUAAUAAAACAAUAAUAAUAAAUAAAUGAUAUAAAAUAAUAUAAUUCUUCAACAAUUAAAGUAAUUGACUCUACGCAAAUAAUUGAUCACUAAAAUUACAGAAUGGAUUUAGUCAUCCAGAUGACGAUCAGAAAAUUCCACUUAGUGACCAAAUAAAAAAUGCAUGCAAAGUAUGUGUGGAAGGCCUUCCUGAGUGUGAGGGAGAAAGUAAGAAAAAAAAGAGUUGUAUGAGUGGAUUGAGGAAUGUUGUGUGCAUCGCUGGUUUCCAACCUUGAUGUCUGCAGCAUCAUUGGUCAUGUUGAUGAAAGAAGUCGAAAAGUUGUUUGGUGAAAAAGGAGAAACUUGAGAGUGAUGUUAAAAAAAAAAAAAAAUCAGCAGGCACUCCAAGUCCAAUAUCAAACCAAGAUUCAUAGUGAAUUACAGGCUAGAAUGCACAAAAAAUAGCAUUUUGUGCAAGAAAAACAUGAUAACUUAGUAAUUUCAGCCUUUAAUAAAUAUUUUUCAGAGCAAUAUUUAUUUAUCACAUCUCAGAAUAGUUCCAACUUAUGCAUUCCUAUGUAUAUAUAUAUAUAUAUAUAUAUAUCAUGGUCGAGCCAAUUUGUCACCUUUGGAUUUGCCUUUAUUUUCAUGAAACAUCUCAAUUGUUGUGCAUGCCAGAUCUUGCCAUGGCUGAA